ACUCAAUCCAAUCAGUCACAGAAAUUGUAGAAUUUUGUUGUUUUCACUUAACAAAAUUAAAAACUAAAAGCAUUGUUUAUACACAAGAUUAAAAUGUCUAAUCAAUUUUAAUCUUCAAACUUAAAACGCAUUAAAAAAACUAAAUUCCCGGUAAGAUAAUGUUUGAUGUUUUAAUAAUUGGUGCCGGCCUUUCUGGUCUCACGUCGGCAUAUAAAAUUCUUAAAAAAGAACCAUCUCUCACAAUCAAAAUUCUCGAAGCCAACAAUACAAUCGGAGGACAAAUUGCUACUUCAAAGUCCAAUGAAGAACUAGGUGGAAGAAAAUUGACAGCUGAUCAAACUCAUAUUUAUAAUCUUUUAACUGAGUUUGAAGUCCAUAUGAAACGACAUUUACCAAUUUCAAAAAAUCUCAAACGCUCAUGGUCAUUGGAUAUUGGUAAUUUUGCGUUUAUAGCUAAAUUAGAACUACAACGUUAUAUGAAUCAUUUGGAUCUCAGAUCACAACUUUUUCGACCAGGAACUUAUGAACUAAAGUCAGAAGAUAGAAAAUACACAAUGUGUCAUCACAUAAAUGACAGCAUGUUAUUCCAAAAUUCCCGCAAAUUUAUGAAGAGCUUUGUACGGCUUGUGACAGGUGUGGAUGCGAAUGACAUAAGCUUCGUUGAGUUUAUGAAUAUUGUGCAUAGCUGUGGGAAUUUGAAAUCACUAAUGAAAUUGUACAUAGAACCAUCAAAUAGCGUUUUCGAAUUUUCUUCAGAACAACUUCUUGGAGUAUUCUUGGCCCGACUCGAGCCGGUUUCGAUAAAAAGACAAUCUAAAGUUGUCGAGGUUUGUCAUCACAAUGACUAUGUUGAAGUGACUGAAACAAACGGAUCUAUUCAUUGUGCAAGAGUAGUCAUCUUGGCCAUUCCAUGUAACCAAAUUGAAGACAUCUUCAUAACGCCGCCCAUUCCCUUGGAAUAUGAAAUACCCUAUCUUGGAGAUAAAUACUACAUCACUUCAUUCCUGGUUGAGUACGAUGAACCUCACUGGCGUCGAGGUGGUUUUUCUGGCAGUUUCUAUUCUGCCGAUCCACCAAUCUUCGCGCAACAACACAAACAGACCUCGUUAGUCGGAUACGUUAUGCACGAACAUGGUUUUGAAUUGCUCAUCAGAUCAAUCCUUCUAAAAAGUCUAGCUGAAAGUUUUGGUAAAGAAAUGACAGAACCCGUCAAAUACCAUCAGCAAACGUUCGAGCAGAUAUCACUUAUGAAUCUUCCUUGCACUACUCCUUGGAAUCGUAUAAUCUGGUCAUCAACAUCAAUGGCUACACUUUAUCGCGGUUGCUUAAACGGAGCUGUUCAAAGCGGUUUAAGGGCGGCAGUUCAUGCUCUUUUAAUUUUGAGACCUCAAAGUGUCAUUUGGCAGGAUUUGGCAGAGAUACAAAAAGCCAGUGUAGUCUAUCGAUACCCAAGCCAUUGGGAUUUGAUGAAGAGUUCAUGGAAUGUCUACAAUACUGCAGUGUACUCCACGAUUGCACUGGUGGCCUUUUGUAUGCUGAGAUACAGACAUAAAAUAUUCAAUUAAUACCCUCUAAUGUCAAGUUGAUCGUAGUUUGAAAGAAUGUUUGUAUUUUUUGGGGGACAACAAUAGAAGUGACAGGAAGAAGAACCGCAUCCAUUAAGCUUGAAUAAAUAAUUUAAACACAAAACAAGUGUGCAAUCUUGAGUUAUUUGUAUGUCAAUUGGAUUCCAAAGAAAAUGUUUUGUUAGUAAAUUAGGGGAGUAGAGGCAGAGUUUAUCAUGGUAUACAAUUUCUUAUAAUGAACAACUUCAAGAAAUGUCAUCACAGAUCAUAAAGAAAGCUUCCAAAUUGUACAUAUUUAAACAAAAAUAUCCGCAUUAAAAUCUUAGUCUAGACAAACUCUAAAAUUGU